UGGUGGCGCCUUUUUCUUAUCGAACAAACCACAUAACGCCUUAUUUUCUUUAAGCCAACGUUUCUCUUUUGGAUAUUGAAAUUUGAACUUUCGUUUCAAACAAUUGUUCACUCCAUAUGAAUCCACUCGGCUCCACUCCUGGUGUGCUGGUGGGCCCGGAUGGACACGCUGUGGUCACAGGUCACCUUGCCAGUAGCGUCAUCGUCCAAACCAACUCAUUGGUGGUACCAGCAGAUUCAAAACAGCGUGUAAACAGCGGUCUUCAUCCUCAACAGCAGCAGUUGUGUGCCAUUUGUGGGGACAGGGCGACAGGCAAACACUACGGAGCGUCCUCUUGUGACGGCUGCAAAGGUUUCUUCAGGAGAAGCGUUCGCAAAAACCACGUCUACACAUGCCGCUUCACCCGAAGUUGCGUCAUGGAUAAGGACAAGAGGAACCAGUGUCGAUACUGCAGAUUGAAGAAGUGCUUUCGGGCUGGCAUGAAAAAAGAAGCUGUGCAGAAUGAAAGAGAUAGAAUCAGCUGCCGUCGUCCAAGUUAUGACGAAGCAUCGAACAAUUCAGGCAUCUCACUUAGUUCCCUUCUAAAUGCUGAAAUCUACUCCAGACAGAUGACUCACAUACCUGACGGUGAUAUUUCUUCAAAGAAAGUAGCCAACAUAUCUGAUGUCUGUGAAUCUAUGAAACAGCAACUACUGAUACUCGUGGACUGGGCAAAGUACAUUCCUCAGUUUUGCGAACUCCCACUCGAUGAUCAGGUGGCUCUUCUGAGAGCACACGCAGGUGAGCAUUUGCUGCUGGGAUUGGCCAGACGGUCCAUGCACUUGAACGACACUCUCCUCCUGGGAAAUGACUUCGUUAUACCUCGACAAUCCACAGAGAUAGAAAUCAGCCGGAUUGGUUGUCGGAUAAUGGACGAGCUGACCACCACUCUACGGGAGGCUCAUGUAGACGACACGGAGUUCGCUUGUCUCAAAGCCAUUGUGUUUUUUGAUCCAUAUGCUAAAGGACUGUCUGACAGCAGUCGUAUAAAAGUUCUGAGGGAUCAGAUUCAGACGAGCUUGGAGGAUUACAUCAACGACAGGCAAUACGAAUCUCGUGGUAGAUUUGGUGAGAUUCUACUCCUACUGCCAGCCCUACAGAGCAUUACGUGGCAGAUGAUAGAACAGAUACAGUUCGCCAAACUCUUUGGAAUGGCUAAAAUAGACAACCUUCUACAAGAGAUGCUACUGGGCGGUGCUUCAAACGAAUCAGCGGCUGCCACAUCGAACGCUCUAAGCGAUUCGAACACUCAAUCAACAGAUCCCAUGACGAACGGACACACUGAAAACAACAAUCACACAGCCACCCCUGACACCUACUCUUCCUCCUCCAUUGUCACUCAGGGAUUCAAGACCGAACCAGAAACCUUUUAACUCUUUUCCUUCAAACAAUUGUGUUCUUCUGUUAUCACGAUGUUAAAAAGAAUGAAUAUAUUCUUAAAACGAUUAUUAAAAAGGCGUCCAAGCGGUGGUUUAAAAAAGAAAAAGAGGCCUCUUUUUCAGAAAUAAAUCGCAAGUGAUUUAAACGGACUACAAGUAAAUUUUAUUUCAUGUUUUAGUUCUUUGAUACAGAUGGAUGUUUUCCGUUGAGGCACGACGACUCGGUUAAAGCGAAAAACUGGGAUUCUAUUUUCCAGAGGUGAUGAGAAUUCAAGUCUAGAAAGAGGAAGCGGUGCAACCAUCACGAGGAACCAUAAUGUGUGGAGCUUUAACUUACAUGAUCCUUCUGGCCCACAACGUACUGUCGCGAUAGUGCUUAGCGAAUUAUCAAUUCUAGAUCUAUAUCUAUUGGCAUGAUAAAUUGUGUCGCCUACAAAAAUUACUUUUUUAAAAAGAAAAAGACAUCCAGCAGCCAUGUUCCUCAUUAACAACAAAAAAAAAAUAUCAGCAUUGAUGGACAUUCAUCAUAAAUAUUUCAUUUUAACUCCAUUAUUUUUUCAGGGAAAAUCAAUAAUGCUUUUAUUUUUUUUUUAAAAAAAGAUAAUCUUUUAUAUUUCUAUAGAUUUUUUUAAAGAUGUUUGGUUUUAGCUUAGAAAAAUAAUAUUUUAAAAAUAGUUAAACACUGUGAUGUCUAUUCAUUUCUCAGCUCUCAAUCAGUUCAAAUCUAAAGCUCCAAAUGUAGAAUAAUAAUGAUGGCAAGUAUAUGCUUCUAUUUAUUUUGGUGAGAACUAAUCAUGUUCAAAGCACUUCAUGCAAAAUAAAAUUUAUUGAAAUAAAGAUUAAUCCCUUCAGAACCGGUGAGGAACAUAAAAGCUUCUCCUGCACUUUCCGAGAGUAUGCGUACUGAAGAGUACACAUACCGAUUCAUACGAAAUGUAACAGUAUUGCAGUCACUUCUGCGCGAUCUUGAACAGCUAGAGUCAAAAAAGACUCGUUUCGCGUGGAUGGUUAACUGAAUGUAAACAAUAACAAACUUCCUAAAGGCCUGUUUACACGGUCCAAGUUCUUGAAUCCAAAAAAUUGGAGGAACUUCGCUCUUCAAAAAAUUGGAUGAUUCGUCGACACUAGCCAAGUUCUUGACUGAUGGGUCGGAAAAAAAACUUCCGCAUGCGCAUUGUUCAUAUUCAACAUUAUAAAACCAUACUUACAUGACUUUAAAAACUACUAAAUAAAUUCAAAUAAAAUCAUAAUAACAUAAAAAGACCCUAACAGAUUAAUUUAUUUAGACUAAAGUAGAUGAAAACAGACAACAAAAUGACAUAAUCUGAUGCCUGCUUGUUGACGUCACGAAACGUAAGAAGCUGAUUGGUUCAGGGAGGAAAAACUCGGAUGUAAAGUAGAACAUGUUCAUCCAAGUCCUUGGAAGAUAGUAGAGCGUUUACACGAUACAAGCUCAAAGCAAAACAAGUUUCCAUCUAUUUCAAUGCAUCCAAGAACUUGGAUCGUCUAAACAGGCCUUAAAACCGGAAGAAAUAUAGAAAACUUCCGGUGUAUCCCUCCUCUUAUGGUAUGCUUAUAAGGCGAUGUGUGAACAGGCUUAAUAUUCCAGAAGUUUUAUUAUUGAUAUUUUUUUUAUCAAAUUUAAACGAAACUUUACUAUUCAUAGGAGUUAUCUGAAAUUUAUAACAGGUUGUGAAUUGAAAACAAAUAUAAAAUAACAAAAAUUAACAUCACAACAUUAAAGAAGUGUGCUAUGUUUUUAGUAUAAUUAUUUUGCUAUAAUUGUGUAAAAUAUCGCCGGUUGUUAUUUUUUGAGUAGUAUCAAACUGUGCUUGCGAGGUCUUCCCAAUACAUUUGUUUCAUCGAAAGUUAAAUUGAAAAAAAACGCAUAAUAGUGUGAAGUAUAAUAAUGUUAAAUGGCGUGCUUUUCCAA